GGCUGAGCUGCUUUUGAUUUUUCUACUUUUGCAUUCUUUAUCUCCCCUUUUGGUCGCUUUAGGCAUCCUUGUUCCUACCUAUGAAGUAAACCCAGCAAACUUAAAAUAAUUCUAAAAAUUACUUCUUUUUUGAAUUGAAACAAGGUUAAUGGAGCACAGCUCAGUAAAUGAAAACUUCAUUUUCUGAUUCAGAUUACUCUCAUAUGUAUGAUGUCUUGAUGGUAUGCCUUAGACAUUAUCAAGGAGACAAGAAUGAUGGGAUGUAAACCUAUUGCGACUCCUAUGGAUCCGAAUACUAAACCCCUACCAGGACAGGGGGGGGAGCCACUCAAUGAUCCUGGAAGAUAAAGGCGUCUAGUUGAUUUAGAUGCUUAUUUUGCCCCCAUUGAAGUGGAAAAGCUGUACAUAAUGAUCUGCUAAAGAUUGAACCCAAUAACAUUCAAGGGAAGCAAGAAUGACAUCUGCUGGCAAUGGUGAACAUCACGGUAUUGUUGAGGAACCUAGAGUUGGUCAAGUUAAGACUCAUGUACCUUUGCAUGUUUCGGCAUCUCAAAGGGGACUUGUAAGUAAUGAAACUUCUCAGAGUCGUUUCCAGGGUAGCACUCUUGCUUUUCCCAAAAGGCUAAAGUUCCUCAACUUUGGUAAUUUGGGUUCUCCAUCGGCAAAGUUUCAACAGAUAGCUGAUCAAAGAGAUGACUUCUCUCGAACUGUACCUUCUUCUGGCAGCCUUCAUCUCCGUCAACGCCUUACUAGGCUACUCUCACGGAAAUUGGAUUGGCCAUCUCUUAGCAAAAUGUGCAAAGAGUGGUUCAAAAAUCCGCUGAAUAUUGUACUUUUUAUCUGGAUUGUAUGUGUAGCUGUUUCUGGUGCAAUUUUGUUUCUUGUAAUGACAGGGAUGUUGAACCAUGCCAUCCCUAAGAAAUCUCAGAGAGAUACAUGGUUUGAAGUGAAUAACCAAAUCCUUAAUGCGUUGUUUACUCUCAUGUGUCUGUACCAGCACCCUCAAAGGCUAUACCACUUUGUUCUUUUAAUACGAUGGAGGCCAGAAGAUAUUUCUAGGCUGAGAAAGGUUUACUGCAAACAUGGAACUUAUAAGCCCCAUGAAUGGACACACAUGAUGGUGGUUGUUGGAUUACUUAAUCUCAAUUGUUUUGCUCAAUAUGCUCUAUGUGGGCUUAAUUUGGGUUACAGGCGGUCAGAAAGACCAGCUAUCGGGGUAGGAAUAUGUAUCUCAGUUGCAAUUGGUGCCCCUGCCAUUGCUGGAGUUUACUCCAUGCUCAGCCCUCUAGGAAAAGAUUAUGAUACUGAAUUAGACGAGGAAGCACAAAUUCAAACCGGAGCUGCUGAGUGCAGCAGAUCUGGUCAACUGAGAAGGAAAUCAUUAGAAAAGAGAUUUUCGUUUGCAUCAGAUGAAGGGAGAUGUGUUGAAGCUAGACCACAAUGGAGUGGAGGCAUUCUUGAUUUUUGGGAUGAUAUUUCUCUGGCAUAUCUCUCUUUGUUCUGCAGUUUUUGUGUUUUUGGUUGGAAUAUGGAGAGACUUGGGUUCGGAAACAUGUAUGUUCAUAUUGCAACUUUUCUUCUGUUCUGUAUGGCUCCUUUCUGGAUCUUCAGUUUGGCUGCUGUUAAUAUUGACAAUGAUACUGUCAGGGCGGCAUUAGGACUUACUGGUAUUUUUCUUUGUUUGUUUGGGUUACUAUAUGGUGGCUUCUGGAGGAUUCAGAUGAGAAAAAGAUACAAUUUGCCUCCUUACAAUACUUGUUGUGGUAAACCUUCUGUUGCUGACUGUGCACUAUGGCUUUUCUGCUGUUGGUGCUCUCUUGCUCAGGAAGUAAGGACUGGAAAUUCCUAUGACAUUGUGGAGGAUAAAUUUUGUAAGAAACAAGAUGAAAAUAUAUCUCCAUUGCCUCGCGAGGAUGGGCUAUAUAAGCAUGCUCUAGGUUCUCCUCUUGCGAACGAUUCCUCUCCACAUUCAAUAAUAAAAAGCAGCACCCCAAGCCCCAGCAGAUUUGCAGAUGAAGUCCAUAGUCCUGAUAGACAGCAACCCUUCGUGGAAGGAAAGUCUCAUACAAGAGGUCAAAAUGAGAUAAUGAUGCCUCCUACUCCUUCAGUUAUACAAAGAGAAGAUGCAAAGCACAACAAUUUUGCAAUGUUAUGACAACUUGAAUCAUAUAUUGUAAGCUUGCCUGCCCAAUUUUCAUUUUGGAAGAUGCAAAGCACAACAAUUUUGCAAUGUUGUGACAACUUGAAUCAUAUAUUGUAAGCUUGCCUGCCCAAUUUUCAUUUUGGCUAUAGGUAUGUUGUAUUUGUACAGGUGCUGGUUGUGAUCAUCACGUUCAGAUAUUUUGUUCUCUGUAAUAUUACUCUGAUUCUUUGACAUUUUUAGCCAGUGUUUUUAUGCUUCUAGGCAGCUCAUAUAACUUUUUUUGAUCAGUGA